UCCACUCUUCAAUGAACAAAUUUCUAUGGAUGUAUCGAAAAAGUGUGAAAAGAAGAAAAUUGUUCUCGAUUUUAGUGAAUUUCCACCUUCAAAAUACGAGAAAAAAAUUCGAGAACAAAAUUUUUACUCAGAUACUAAAAAGCCAACUGCUUCAGAUGAACAAAAAUCGCCAUUCUAUUUGUCAUUAAUCGAAGAAAGUAACGAAAUGCCAAGCGUGAGUGACCAAAAUAAAUUGAAAGCAAAAAUAAAUAAAACUAUUUCCGAAGAAUCCAUAGUUAAAUCGACUUAUGACUGUAAAAAAAAAUAUCAUACAUAUCCGAAGUCUAGAAUACCAGUCUCAAAACGUACCAUAGAGCGAAAAAUCGAAAAUUAUGUCAUGGAUCCUCGAAUGUUUCCGUUGGAGCCAAGAGAAAUUGAUCUAGAGUCUUUCCAGCAACUACAUACAGUGGAUAGCCAAGAAGAAUUGCAGGAAUUUUUAUUGCUUGAAAGUCAAUGCAGCGGAAAUCUUGGAUUAGCGGCCACCAUUUCUACAUCCAAAGUGUUUUAUGACGAAUAUAACAUCGAAGACGAAAGAGGCACGAUGUCAGACUACUGACAUGAAGUUUACGCAAGUAACAUUGACAUCAAAA